GUCUGAUUAGUUUUACUGUGCUGCGCGCUUUCAGGCUUGACAAGUGAAACUGUAGCGUCUAUUAAUUUGACGAUGAAACGGGAACGAGCAUGUAAAUCUCAAUGCAGUGGAUUCUUGGCUUGAGAUGUGGAGAUUCGGACACUCUAACCGCUAAAACAAACCUCGCACAACAGCGACAACUACAAUAGGGAUGCUUUGGAGAGAGUGUAUGAUACCGAACAUCCCGUACGGACCGAAAAGGCAUCAGUCAAUUAUGUACUCGAAAAAAGCCACUGAAGACAGAAUGCUCAGAAUUUUACCUGGUACUUACGCUGAAGGUCGAAUUAGAUGUAGAUUGAUUCACUAUUGAAAUACACGUCGCGCGGGAGGAAAGUGAGUCGUAACGUUUGACCUCGUUGAGCUCUGAGGCAAAUGGAUGGGGGUACAUACAAACGACGCUCGCCGCUUCAUCCAUAUUCCAACACACUCCCUCGAGCGGAGCAUGUGCACAACUUCCAAAACUCCAAUUAUCAACAUCAGCAACAUACCACAGCACUCCCUCAACCUAGCAUCCGACAUCCUGUCGAUGGCCCAUGCCGAGACUCCGGCCGUACAACUCUUAGGAAAGGGGAAACAUCGGUAUGGGGGGCAAGCACUCCCUGAAUAUGCAGGGGUCCAAUACGAAGGUUCGAUCUUCGUCAACAGCUCUCGACGAGCUAAUCAAAGUACGUUCGGCACUACGCGGGUUUCGAUCGGGGGUCCGCGCGCCAACGGUCCAUACUACUGCACGGGUUUCAAUCGGGGGCCCGCCAGCAUCCAAAAGGUUCGUUCGUUCAUACUCGAGUUUUCGAUCGGGGGCUCGAGGUUCGAUUACGGGGGGUUACACAAUUACGGGGGAUACGCGGUUCGUAGGUCAUGUCGGUAGUCGUAGGACAAUGUACAUAGUCGAUCGGGUGCUCGGAAAAAUACGACGGUGUUCGCGCAGAGGCUUCGACAGCGUGAGAUCGACGACAGAGGACCAAGGGUUCAGCAAACGACGGAGAACAUGUCGCGCAAGCGGUGGAUUCGGCCCCACCAGGGCAUGUCUGUUAAUAACCUACAGACUAGGUG